AUGGUUAACAUGGUGGAGAACCCGCCGACAACUCCCUCAAGUCCCGUUGGUUUACAAAUCGCUGAAGCUUUUGGUGUAGAGAACAUUUAUCUCUUAAGACGUGUUACUGAUGGAGAGUUUACCAAGAAGUGUGAGGAGAUGCUCACCGAUAAGAAAGCGACCUUUGGUGAUAUAUUGGCUUAG